UCAUAACUCACACACAUGGUCGACCAAUCAGCAAGAUCCUGCGGGGGCAGAAAGCCGGUAGGUUACAUGAACGCACACAUGAACAGGACGGACAGAGACACAGGGAGGCAGGAAACUUCUCUUCUCUUUGUUCAGGAUCACCGGAGCGACUUCACCUGAACCUGAGACAGGAAGAGCCACGGUCGUCCCUCUGAGUUCUCCCGUCAUCCAUGCUCACCGACAGUGACAGAGAAAUGGCCAUACCGCGGAUGUUUAACUCCAACACCCCGUUCGUCAUCGUGACCGGAGGAUCUGAACUCUCCUUUCUUGGCAAAGAGGACGACAGCCAAGUGUGCGAGGAGGAGAAGGACUCGCUGGUCCAGGCCAUCGCCCCCCAUCUGAGCCGGGUGAUGCAGCACGGCACCGCCAAACAUGUGGAGGGCCCCCAAGUGUCCGAGGACAGUACCUGUGUGUCCAUAGUGGCACAGGCAGAGAGUGAAGACUUUCAGGAGUUCAGCCCCACCAACACACACAGUCCUUACUCGAGAGCUCAGCCGCUCAAGAAGCGCAGGCCUCUCAGCAAGGAAGCUGCCCUCUUGAGUGACACUGAGGAUGAGGCCUUCGACGUGGCGCACUACCACCUCCAGAGGAAACAACGCAGGAAAACCAGAGGACAGAGCCAGGAGGGAGGAGAAGAGCCUCCAAUCAUCCGAGGCCUGUGGGUGCAGGAGAUUGAUUGGCUGAAAUCAGCAGACAGGGAGAUGACGUCAUGGGCUGAGAUCAUACCGCCUCCUCCUCAGUUCACUGACUCAGUCUCACACCCUUGCAGCUGUGACCUGCCGUCCUCCCGCCAAUGUGCAGAUGUGUGCGAGUGUGACGCAGGAUUGGAGGAGGAAGAAGCAGACGACACAUCCAGCUCUGAUGACAGAGGCGGCGGCUCGGACUCUGAUUGCGACCUGGAGCAAGACUCUGAAUCCAUUUGCACUCACGAAAGCGAGUCGGACUCGUCCUGCGGCGCAGAGGACGACACACAAGGCCCAGAUAGUUUUGGAGUCGAAGCCACAAUGUCGACUUUGACCUUUAACCUGAUGCACGUGUCCGAUUUUACAUCCUCCUCCCACGCUGAGUGCUAUUCUGACUCUACAGGGUGUGUGCAGAGCAUGCUGGGAAUUUCAGACCCCAGCUGCACUGUGAACACAUCUCAGUGUGCAUUUGGUUUCGAUGACACGAGCGAUACUGACACAGUUCUGGGGAUCUUAAGAGGCAGAGUGACGCGCAUGCCGAAGAUAUCUGUCGAACCUUUCUUCAAAGAUUUGAUAGAACAAACGCUGAAUGAGUGGAAGAGCAGCAAAACCCUCAAUGAAGGACUCAUAUUUCAUCAUCAACUUCAGCCCAACAGCUGUCAGUACAGGGAGGGAGAGGAGUAUUGCAUUCUUCAUCACAUCCAGAACGGCUCGUAUGGUGACGUAUUCUGCGUCCAGGACAAACUGACUGGAUUCGAGUGUGCUGCCAAAAGGCGCUUUGUUCUCCGCUGGUCUCAGAUUCCUCUGAGUCACUUCAGCAGCGAGGAGGUGAGCACGUGGAGCGCUCUCAACUCUCCUCGUGUUGUGGAGCUCUUUGGGGCCGUCAGGGAGGGCCUCAACAUUGUGCUGUUCAUGGAUCUGAAGCCAGCAUGUUUGUCGCAGCUUCUGAAAGAGAUGAAGUCCCUUCCUGAGGAUUUGGCCCUGCACUACCUCCAUCAGUCACUGGAGGCGCUAGAACACCUGCACCACAGAAAAGUCCUUCACCUGGACGUCAAAGUUGACAAUGUGCUGCUGUCUGCAGACUGCAGAGACACAUUCCUCUGUGACUUUGGUCUCUCAGAGACAUUAGAUGACAAUGGACGGAGCACCGAGGCCUUCAGGGGAGCUGCCCUCCCCGGCACAGAGACCCACAUGGCCCCUGAGGUGGCUCGAGGAGAUCGACUUUGUGCCAAGGCGGAUGUAUGGAGCAGCUGUUGUAUGCUACUGCACAUGCUCAACGGAUGCCAACCGUGGAAACGCUACUACUCCCCUCCACUCUGUCUCCAGAUUGUCAACGAGCCUCCGCCUCUCUGGGAGGUGCCGUCCAACUGCAACAAUUUCACAGCUAAGGUGUUCAGAGCCGGACUCCAGAAAGACCCCGACAGACGAGCAUCGGCGAAGGACCUCAGGAGGAAAACCACCAAGGCCCUCAGAGCAGUUGGAGGUCUGAGUCCCUGGUCCAUCAAAAGUGCCUGUGAAAAGUUGUAUCAUGGCAAGAACCAGAAUGAAGUCACCUCACCCUCUUUAUCACCCGUCACCCCGACUAAACCAUCAGCUGCCCUCUCAGCACCCACAAUGUACUGGGUGAGCCCCUGGAGGACGACAGCAGUGGAUGAGGACAGCAAUGACCACGACUCUGAAGAGGAGAUGGACUCCUUAACCAGGGAAUGGGAGUCCCAGCCCAAAUCACUGCAGGUUGAUUACACUGCAGACGAACAAGACUGGGACACUUGGUCCGAUUCGGAGGUGGAUAUAUACAUGGGAGAGGAGGAACGUAUUCAGGAAAAGUGGCUGAAAACUGAAAGGGACUAUGAAGGGGACUGGGAAGAGGAAGGAGAUGAAGAGGGGGAAGUAGAAGAAGUAGAAGAAGAAGAAGAAGAAGAAGAAGAAGAAGAAGAGUGGGACUCUAUUUCUUCAGAGUAUCGCCGAGCUCUCCGAGGCGUCUUCCCUUUGCUGCAAAAAGGCCAACAGAUAAUUCAUGACAAUGCAUGGGGAUCAGAACCAGAGCUGGAAUACCUCAGAGACGAUGUAGCUAUAGGCACCACCAUCCGGACCCCAUCCCCUGAACCUAGAGAUGACCCUCCAUCCUGUUUCAGCUGCUCGGACACGUCGCAGAUGGAUGCCUCAGAGAACGACUCUGAUCAUUCAUCUGAUGAUCUGAGCUCUGGAGUCUUUUCCUCCUGCAACAGUCAGACGGACGGACACUUGGAGUGGUUGGCUUCAGCGAAUCAGCCCUCUUCAUACUGCUUCGAAGGUGUUGACAUCUGGAUCGAGAACGUGCAGGGCGAAUGUCUAAGGAUUCGUGAACACCGGCAGGUCAAAGUGGGCCAUGUGGCUGUAGGAAUUAGUGAUCAGAUCUCAGGGAAAGCCUUCACGUUGGAGACCCUGGACAGGAAGAUGGUGUCUUUUGAACAAGAGAUCAAGGAGUCUUGUCUGUGGCUCCGCUGUGUUCCCGCUCCGGACAGAUGUCAGCGCUGGAGGUGGAGAGUCCAAGACGGGAAGCUGGAGCUGCGAGAAUGAGACGUCUUUUUUUUGUUAUUUUCCUUGUUGUUCUUUGCACUAAUUUAGACAUCGAUUGUUUUAGAGCCAUGUGGACGACGUGGAGAUGUAGAUAUGGAUGUUAUGCUGCUAAUAUGAUUUUGAUGGGUGAACGUGGGAUAAGAAUAUGACAUUUUGCCCUUUAAGGACAGUUUCGUUAUGUCUCUAUGUGUCCUGGAAACUGGAGUUUGUCAUGCUGCUUGGUGUCUUUUAAGCUUUAGACUGAGUGAAGCUGCUUAAAACAACGACUAACUGUUUUAAUACAACAUGAGCCCUGAAGACUUUAAUACUUGAACAUUACUAACCUUUUAUAUCUUAUUAAAAAAUGACCUCCAAGGCAAAGAAGCUGCUUCUUCUGCUUUCAUUCAUUAUGUCCUCCAGCCUCAGUCCACAGAGAAAACGCUUCUUAUGCUACCACAGACCUAAAGCCUAUAGGAAACAUUUACAACACCAAUAAAGAAGCUUUUCCCUCACAAAGAACAUCCAUGUGACUGUAUCACAUGAUCACACCACAUGAUUUGAACAUAUUGUAGUCAGGUUUUAUUAGAUCUUUCAGCACAAAGCAAACAGGAAACAGCACAAUACAUUAUAACAUCUAUAAUCUACAAAUAUUCACGUUAUACAGCAUUAAAUAUAUUAAGAGUGUAUGCUGUAUACAGUGGGGGGAAGGCAAAUGACAUUUAAAUACUUAAACAGUGGAGACAAACGAAGAAGAAACACACCACCCUCUAUUCAAACAUCUCCUCCAGUCUGUACUGUUUAAAACUUCAAUCGAAUUAUCUGCUGUGGAUCGAUCACCCAUCCAUCCAUGCGAGCUGAACUUUCUUUGCCAAGGGUGCAGAGUUAUGUAGCUGAGUUAUUUAGAAUACUACUGGCUAAAUAUGCAGGAGUAGUCCAACAUUUCACUGUUUAUAACACCAAGCAGGAGGGGCAUUUAUUAAAAAUAUACCCACUUCUCCAGGCACCACCACAGCACAGCUGGAGGUGUUUACAUUCAACUAUUAAAAACAUUUGGUGAAUAUUUUAUGAGCUGAUUCCUAAAUUCAACCACCUGUGGGUCUCUUAGUACGUAUGUACAUUAUUCAUUGUUCCCCCGGCAGAAACAGCCUUCAUGGUGAGAAAUAUUUAGUUCAUAAAAUGCUCUGCGAUUGUUGUUUUGUUCAAAUUGGCUCUGAUGUGUUUCAGGAAUGCAUUGUCAGUCAAGCAGCUCCUCCUAAAGCAAAUAUUUAGACAUGGCCCACAGCCUUUUAACAUGCCCAACAACAUUUUACUCUUCCUUUCUACACAACCUCACAGCUAAUACUUCUCUCUGAGUCUACAGCAUGAUUCUCUGUGAGACCUGAAACAAAAUACACCAAGAAUCAUAAUCCAAAUGUGCACAGUGGCUUAGCCUGAAAGGGAUCUUUGUUGACUCUCAGCAGGUGUCCAGCAGCUCAGAAAUUGCUAAAUGUCAACACAAAGGAUAUUAGAGGGCUGUCCGCUGCCUUCAAACACCUGAAUGGACACAUUAAACACUGGAUUGGAUCAUUUUAACUAUGCAUUUAAAAUCUAAAGCCACAAACGACUGUGAAAGUGGCUGAAUGCUACAAAAAAAAACACCUGUUUGGACGACUUUACAGGCGUUGGUAACAGGUAAAAGGCGUAUUCAAAGCAAGGAUUUGGAGCUGCAAACAGUUUAAAAACUGCACAAUCGCAAAGGAUUUAGAGAUUUCAAUAUCUGCAAGGCAUGAAAUCAUUUAAUGAUUCAGAUCCAGAGAGAUCUCUGCACAUUGCUUGAGGGCUGAGGCCACGAACGAUGCCAAAACCACAUUCUGCACAUGUUACAACAGUGUGGCUUCGCGGUAAAACCGAGCCUGUAGGUAGUACACAGGCCUGCCCAUAUUCCAGACAUGUGUGCUGUAAUAUGAAGCACAAAAUACAACAACAGAGACGCUGGAAAGGAACUGAAGUCGUAUAAAACACGAGAACAAGAGCGAAUGUCACUUUCAAUUAGUGUUGUCAGUUCCCAAACACUUUCAAUGUGUUGUUAAAGAAAAGAGGCAAAGAAGACAAGAUACUUGAUGCUCAAACUGAUUUUCACUGUGAAAAUCAGUUUGAGCAUUAAAUAUCUUGUCUUUGGGUGAAAAAGGUCAGUUUGUAUUUUCAUUUUACAGUUUUAUGGAUUCAGGGUUGACACCAGACUUCUUUACGGAGCUGGUUUUGUGCACAUGGAUGUUAAAACUGCUCAUUAUUGUGUUUG